UCUAGGGUACGCGGUCGGAGUGAGCGGAGCGUGACCUCCCUAAGGAGUCACGUGGGCCGACCUGGGGGCUGGGAGGGAAAGAGUAGAAGAACUCCUUCCGGGUCACUGUCGAGAAUCUCAACCUGGGGCGGGAACUUCUUUACCCUUUCCUGUAACUUAAAGGCUGCACCGACUUGUGGUGCUUGAGAUUUGACGAUGAGUUCCCAGAAAGGAAACGUGACUCGGUCCCGGCCUCAGAAGCACCAGAAUACGUUCACCUUCAAAAAUGACAAGUUUGAUAAGAGUGUUCAGACCAAGAAAAUUAAUGCAAAACUUCAUGAUGGAGUAUGUCAGCGCUGCAAAGAAGUCCUUGAAUGGCGUGUAAAAUACAGCAAAUAUAAGCCACUGUCAAAGCCUAAGAAAUGUGUUAAAUGUUUACAAAAGACAGUGAAGGACUCUUACUACAUAAUGUGUAGACCAUGUGCCUGUGAACUUGAAGUUUGUGCAAAAUGUGGAAAAAAAGAAGAGAUCGUUAUUCCGUUUAAUAAAGAACCAGAAACUUCAGACAAUACUGAAAGUGAAGGUUCUAACCAUAGAAGAAGCUAUCUUUGA